AUGGAGCAGUGCUGCUUCCCCCGCUCACUGCACUUUGACCUCCAGGACCUCAUAAAUACUAAAGCCACAAUGCUUGAUAAGAAUGAUAUGCCAAGCUCCAAGUAUUAUAGAUGUAACUUCAGACUUUAUGUUCAGAAUGCCACUGUGUCCACGGAAGUAGAAUUCGGAGUAUGGAGAGUUACAUGUGGGAUUGGCAUUCAUGAAGUUCUGUUAACCAGUGAAUGCCCUGGGACUGAAGGAAAAUGUAUUGUCCUUGUGGAGGAGUGCUGGGAGCCAGCAGCCUGGGGAUGGGGAAUACAAAUUUCUGAUGGCCUUGCUGGCGUGAAGAUGCCUUGUAUUUAUAUACUUCCUGAAAAUUGAUUUAAACACAUUUGGAAGAUGCUAAUUCCAAAUAAGACAGCUCACAUUCUUCCCAGUGAUUCAGCUAUUAUAGAAGUUUGCAGAGAUGCCCGUUCUGUUACUUUCCAGUGUGAAACUCAAGAAGAUGGAAAUACAAUUACCUCUGUAAAAUACACAGUCUACACAACAACUGGUGAUCUCAUAGAGAUACUUACAAUCUUCCAAAAUGCAAACAAAAAAUCAAGGAGAACAAUGAUAGGUGCUGUUCUGAUCUUUGGCCUGGUAAUUGGAAUUGUUGUGAUAGUUGGUGCGAUCUUUGACAUGACAUUUGUGAUUCUUCGGUGGGCUGGUGUAAAAUCUAUUUGGAAAUCAAAAUCUGGGGAAGAAAACCAAGAUGAGAAGCUGGCCAACAAAAGAGCAUUGUAUAAUGCAGAAUAA